GCCGAGGGUCGCAUUGACCGAUCAGCUCGGGUCUUCGACGAGCGCCGCCGCCAUACCGUCCCGCAGACCCUGGGCUAGAAUUGGAGGCGCAGUCUAGUCUCCGAACCCAGAAAAGCGUUGAGCGCGGAAUUGUCGUUGUGUUGUCGGCGCCACCAAUUCAUACUGAGGGUUCGCGAUGGGAAUUGUAGAACUCUGAUCAUCUUGGGCCGCGGAGGCAUACCGAGCUCCCUCGCCCAGAAUUCCGGGCUGGGCCCUGCCGCACUCGGGGACGCGAGCGCGGACCUGCCUCUUCGAGCCGACGCGUCUCGCUGUGCUCGUGCACUGGCAAACCUAGAAGAGAAUGGAAGACGCAGUGCGUGCACCGUGUUCAGAGGAGAGUCGAGAAGGUCCAGAAGGCCAUAUUGCUGUCGGCAUCGUUAUCCAUUCCGUACACGGCUCCACAGGUUGCGCAAGGUGUAACUCUGGUUCAAGCAUCUCGUCGGCGUCACCAGUACGGGUCGGACGGAGCGUGACAGGUGUGACGGGUCAUGUGCAGGCACUGCUUUCCAUGUUUGGGUCCCAGAGGCCAGAGCUGGCUAUGAAACCUGCUCCUAUGCUCCCAUGUUCCCAUGCUGGCCUCUCGGAAGCUGUCGCCUCGGCAUGCGGCGAAUUUGAAUGCCUUGUGGCGCGCACGGGCGUGGCGCUCUGCAGUUUGCGCUUCUGCGUCUUAUGGUUCAUGGGAUGCGGCGUGGUCCAACAGCUGGCAGCUGGGUCAGGACGAGCCAACGCCUCGUGCCCAGUGCAGGCCAAACAAGACGAGAUCGACAAACGGCAAACAUGUCAUAGAGUUAGUUGGUGCCUUGCACGACGCGUCGUGGUCAAUUGACUUUGGAAUAUGGGUACCUGGCGACCUUGUUUGUGUUUAGAGCCGAGCUAAAGUUGGA